AUGGCCUAUGGGGAUUUUGCCGGUAUAUGUCUGAGAACUCCUCUGCCGUUAUGUUCGGUAGUUAAGUCUUCGACGCAUAUGGUUUUGUCGAAUGCAACCCAGAUUCACGAUUUUGAUCCGAGCAAUAUAAAGGUUGGUAUCUUACCUAAGUGCUACGCUCGUUCUAUUGAUGUCGCCAAUACAGUUAUCUUUGGAAUUGGGAAUGCAUUUGUUAAUAUUGGGGCAUUGGUGGUCAUUCUAAUCAUUAUUUAUAACAUCAGGCAAAAAUAUACCGCGAUUGGCAGAUCGGAAUAUCUGUAUUUUUACCAACUUGCAUUAUUGCUGAUCGUUUUCACUCUAGUGGUGAAUACCGGGGCUUCACCACCAGGAUCUGGUUCAUAUCCAUAUUUUGUUGCCAUACAAAUUGGCCUCGCGGGGGCUUGUUGUUGGACUUUACUGAUAAAUGGUCUACUCGGUUUUAACCUGUGGGAAGAUGGUACAACUAGAUCGAUGUUAUUGGUACGUGGUUCAUCACUCAUAGGAUUUACUGCUAAUUUCCUGGCAUCCAUUCUAACGUUUGAAACUUGGAAUGAGAGAGGAGAGAUUGAUUCAAUGAAUACAAUUGCAUUAUUUACUGUUGUCUACGUGGUGAAUGCCGUCGUACUCGCAAUACACAUCAUUUGUCAAUUGUUAGUUUCUUUCUUCGUCGUUCGCAGUUUGUGGGUUACCGGGGCGAUCCUACUAGGUGUAUUUUUCUUCGUCGUGGGUCAGGUUAUUGUCUUCGCGGUCUCUGAUGCUGUAUGUCGUGGCGCCAAUCAUUAUAUCGAUGGUCUCUUUGUCGGUAGUAUCUGUAACAUUUUCACCUUGAUGAUGGUUUAUAAGAUUUGGGAUAUGACGACGGAUGAUGAUUUGGAAUUUAGCGUCAGUGUCAGCAAAGAAGGAGACGUCAUAUAUAGUAAUGCAUUAAGGUAG